AUGGCGGCGAGGCAGGUGGAGCUGAACGUGAUCGCCCUCAGCUCCGCAGUGAGUGCUGCGCACCGUGGCGGACGGUGGUUCCGGGCCGUGGGCCUCUUCCAGCAGCUCAAGAGCCGGUCCCUGCGCCCGGACCUUCCGGCGCUGACGGCUGCCAUGGGCGCGGCGGCCACCGGCCUGCUGUGGAAAUCGGCCAUCGACAUCCUCCAGAGUGCCUCGCGCCAUCAGCUGGAGGUGGCGCAGAGCCAGCUGAACUCCGGCCUCACGGCGCUAACCCGAGGUCGCCAGUGGCAGCUGUCCAUUUCUGCUCUGAACUUGGCGGUCGCGUCCGGCGACGGCGUCUCCCACAACGCGGCCAUGGCCGCUGCGGAUGGAGGCACCUGGCCCAUGGCACUGUCGCACUUCGCCCGAGUCCAGGACUGGGGGCUCCGAGCGGACGUGAUCACCUGCACCACAGGCAUCAGCUCCUGCAGUGAUGCCUGGAUUCAGGCCGCGGAGCUCUUUGCGAUCUUGAGAACGCUGGGGGAGGAGCCGACGGAGGUGACGAUCAAUGCGGCCAUCAGUGCGUUCGGCAAAGGUACUGGUGCCGGCUUUGCCUUCUACAUCCAGAGGAGGAACGCGGAGUUCGAUGAGAGCAGCGUGCCGGCUCCCGAGGAGGAGCCGGCGUACCACGUGGUAGACAACGCGACUCAAAUCUUCCAGUACGAUGCGUUCCUGUCAUCUGCUGAGGUUUCGUAUCUCCUCACCUUCGCGGCCGGCCACGGAUGGGGCCCCGGGGGUCAUCCUGAGUUGGAGCUGCCGGUAGAAGGCUACAUCGCUGCCGCCAGGCAGGACCCCAUCAUCAGCCGAAUCGAGCAGCGGAUCGCGAACCACACAGGCAUCCCAAGCCACCCGCACGAGGACAUCCUGGGCAUGGUUCGCAUGACUCCACAUGCCUUGGAGCCGCGCGGGGGCCACUUCCCAGCCGCGGGUUUGCGCCACGACUCUGACUCAAGGCCCCACAGGAGCUGGACGAUGCUGGUGUUUCUGGAAGUUCCCACGGAAGGCGGAAGGAUCAUCUUCCCCUUGGCCGGCCCUGUUCCCCGCGAAGGGGAGCUGGGGGAGCGGCACAGGCACUUCGUUCGUGGUCUUCAGGAGCAAUUUGGCGGUGCCAAGCAGAACUACUCGCGGAGCGUGAGGUUUGACCCGGGCUCGGACCACCCGUUCAUGGACUUGAUCGAAGAAAGUUGCCGCGGCAACUACGGCGUGGCAGUUGGCCCGCUGCAGCCGGGGGCUGCCCUCCUCUUCCCCUCCGACAGCCGAAGCCAAAGGACGUGGUACGGCGAGUGCAACGUCAUCAACGGGUCCAAAGUGACCCUCCGGAAGUACAAGGAGCUUCCCUUGGAGCAGCGCGAUCCGGAGGUCUUCAAGCAAGAUUGGCAGGUGACGCCAGAGUUCUUCAGCUGGGAUGCUCUGAGCUGUACAUAUGCAUGCUGCCCCAGCUGUGCAUUAGCUUGCAGCCAGUGGCAGCGUUCCUUCUGCCUCCUGGGCCAGGCUCGCGAGAGUGCCGCGAAGUCCGAGAUCCAGACAGGUCUGGCGCCAGGUUUCAGCGCGCUCCUCCUGGCGUGCACGCGGAGCAGUGCCUGGCAAGAGGCUUUCUGGCUCUGGAGCGAGCUGCAGAGCUCCGACGAAGGGCCCCGCGCCGUCAACAGCUUCUCCGCGCUCAUCCGCGAGUGCGAGCAGCAAGGAUGGGAAGGCAUGGAGGAUGGCCUGUUGGAGCAGCUCAGAUCCGAAUGGCUGUGGGCGCAGGGAAGCAUCGUCGCGCCCUUGCCGCUGUUGCCACGGUAUCCCGGACAGUGGAAGGCAGAGCUGCGGUUGCCCACAGGGCCGUCGCGAGGUCCGAUGCUGCAGCCACAGCCUCGCGCUGGGAGGAUGCCGGUGCAGAGCUUGGGAGCUGCCGGCAGUGCAGGAUCUGCAGCCGCGCCCUACUCCAAGGAGCUCCGGCUGCUGUCACACGUCUUACGCACCGCUACCGCUGGAAGCCCGCAGUCGGUCUGCGAGAGCAUCGAGGGCUUCGGCAGUCGGAUGUUGGGCCAGUCGCGAUCCUGGCUGAAACUGGCCGGAGGUAGCAAGGCCCCAGUUCUGACCUGCGCGUCCCAAGCCGCGCCGCCGCACACCGCCGUCCUGGAGAUUGGCACCUACUGCGGCUACUCCUCUUUGCGACUGGCCCUCGCCGUUCCCGGGGCGAAGAUCGCCACGGCCGACGUCGACCCAGCGCACGUGCUCAUUGCCCGAAACGUGUUGGCCUUCGGAGGCCUGGAGCCACCAAGUGUGACUGUGUGGACAGGGCACAGCACCGAUCUGCUGCCGCAGCUCUCCGCGCACUACAGGCCCGGCACUUUCGGGUUCGUGUUCAUGGACCAGCGAGGUUCGCUAUACCACGAAGACCUGCACGCUUUGGAGAGUGCAGGUUUGCUGCACCCCGGGGCCGUGCUUCUGGCGGACAACGUGCUGAAGCCCGGAGCACCUCUGCUUCUUUGGCGCCUUUUGGCGGACCCAAAGUACGAAGCCCUCCAACUUGCCAUGCAGGAGUUCGCCAUGCCUGUCGAGGACUGGAUGGCGUUGGCGGUCAUCAAAGACAUGACUGCGAGGCAGCCGCAGGCGCCAGCCCCGAAGCAGUUGCGGGCGUUGCAUGAGUUUUCCGAUGAGAUACGCGCUCGGGCGCUCAUUCCCGGCCGAGGCAUUGACUUCCAAGAGUGGAAGGACCUCGCCGCCAUCAUGAAACGAGGUUUGCAGGAGUUGGGCAUCACCGCUGUUGCUGUUAGCCCGAUGGUGUGA